AUGACUUGGACAAGAACAAACGCCUUUCUCAAAGGUAGAAUUUUGAAACCGUUUUUACCAAAUGAAAGACAUCCCCAUUUGAGAAGCCCACACUUUAAGAAUUUGUACCCUGGUGACCAAGUCUUUAUUUUUGACGUCAAGGAUGACAAAUGGGCAAGAGGGUAUGCCGUGGUGAAACCUUGGCCAAAUGAGUAUAUUGCUACCUCAAAUAACUUGGAUGAAUUGCCGGUGCAAAACGUUGAAGUUGUUAUUUUCCCCUUAGCUUUCGUCAAGAUUACUGGCGAAUUGGCAUACCCAGAGUUGGAAGUUAAUGAAGAAUUCAAUAACAUAGUGGAUGCUUCGACGGUUCCUACCAUCGCUGACCUGGAAAAGAACCAUAAUGAAGCCACUAAUGGAGUGCAAGAGAAUUAUUCAAAGCCUCAGAUUCCACCUUUUCCAAGUACUUACAACGAGGUUGAAAAUUUGAGCGACGAAACCAAGUACACAUUGGAAUUACUUGCCUCGCAUAUUUUUGCGUUGUACUCAAUGGGCGAGUUUAGACUCUUUGCCAAAUUGGUGCUGAUUUAUCAUGCUUUGAAUGAAACAAGAAUCAAGUUACUGUACGACCUUUUGACAGAGGAUGAGGCUCAAGUUGCAAGAGAAACUGUUGUUUUCUUGUUUAACAAAAUCCCCAAAUUACUUUCAUCUAAAACUGCUAGAAUUGAAACAAAAGCAUAUGAUUUAGAGAAUGACGACACUGAUGUUUCUGGAUAUAAGUCCAUUUUAGCAAGAGACGCAUACAAUGGCCGUAUUCUUCACUGGGGCAAUUCGAAUCCAGCGAUGAUUGCAUUAAACAGUGAGUUAGGUGGUCUUGACCAAAAUUUCCCAAUUAAAAUUCAUAAUUCUGUUGAAAAGUACUCGUUGCAUCCACCAUUGGGUAGAAAUUUUAGACAUGAACCACCUUCCCAUAUUUUGGUUGAUUUUAAAUCCGUUUCAGGUUCUUCUGCUUACCAGCCUCCAGGAUUUGCCGGUACAAUUGCUUACAUGUACCUUCGUAACGCACACAGGCGUUUAACUGAGGCUUUUGCUGUCCAUACAGAUUCAGUCGAUGACUUGGUAAACGUUGAAAAGAUUAGUGCUGCGUUGUUUAGAAAUGUUCCCUCAAGUGAAAUUGUCAACAAUAAAGUUUUCCUCGUGACUGUUUUAACUGAGGAGGUUGAUUUAACUUUGAAGAACUCUCCUGCGCCACAGAUUAGACGAGUGAAAAGGGGUAUCGCUGCUGGUGUGGCCGAUAUCACCAGAAUCUUCUCUCGCAAUACUGGAUCGUUGCAAUCAGGCGAGGCACACCACUUUUCCAUCAAAUUGUAUGGAUCCUACAUCAACAAGCGAGGUGAUUCGUUUGAUGGAGUUGAGAACAAUGGGUGGGGAGAGCUUGUUGAUCGAAUCAUUGCAGGUACAAGCCAAGGAAUAGCUGUGAAUCCUAGAGCUGAAAAACUAGUUGUCACCGUCAAAGAAUUCAAGCAUCAGUUUAGCUCGUCCAACAAUGACAUGGUCUCAAGCUCAACCCCAAUUGCUAGGAUCAAGCCAAUCUUUUUUGACCCAUUGGCAGAAAAUUACGAGCGUAUUUAUUUAAGGAUGAGCCGAGUCCAUUUGAUCAAAGGCGGUGCCAAAGAUGACUUGUUGACAUUUGAAGUUAGCACACCCAACAAUGAGCUCAUUACGUUUGCAAAGGCUUCGAAUCAGUUGGAAAAGAGACAAUGGCAGUUCAUAUCUGUCUUUUCGGGUGAAUGUAUUGGUGAAAUCGUCAAAGUUAAUGGAGUCUCUUUGAAGAGUCCAAAUAAGAAGCCAAUGAGAGAUGACUUCAUUUUGUUGUCAUUUUAUGUGAACGGAGUCUUGACCGGUGAAGGAAAGCUCUUGUACAAAUCAGGGAACCGAUUGGUUGAAUUCAACAAAACGAAGCCCCACGUUGUUGAAAUAUUUUCAACCUCGCAAAAUAUUCCAAUUGCUCGCGUUGAAGUCAAUACGGAAUAUGUGGGUAAAGUUUACAAUUCCGACGUUUCCAUCGAUAACAUUUUCCAAUAUGAAAAAUAUUUCAAGUUGGGGCAAAAGGGACUUGACGAAUUAUCGAAUUCGUUGGUUGUUUUUUGCAAGUUGGAGCUUGCACAAUUGCUCAAGUACUUUAGUGAGCUUUUUUCAUCCUUGCUUGGGAUUGUUGAGAAUUCAUCCCGCCACUCUGGACUGACAAUUGAAAUUUUAGAGGACAACACAUUCAAAGCAAUCAUCCACUUGUUGGAUAUCUUAUUCGGUAAGCAGGAGGAAUACUUCCAUUUGAUUGACGAUUUUAUGGUGAAACACACCUACCCUGAACAGGUGGGUAUUUAUUUGAUUAACAAGGUUAGCGAGUUAUUUGGUAGAGCUACUGUCAAUUGGAAUUCUGUGGCUAGAUCUAUGUGCAGGGUCAGCACUGUUUUGUUGAGAGUGGCUUUGAAGACUCUUCGAGAAAGUGCCGACUUGGAAGUUACUCUCAAUGCUUUAAAUGGAUUAUUCAUGUCGGUUGAAAAAUUUCUCUCUGUUGAUUCUGCAGCCUUAGUCGAGGAUCAAGUGUUGGUAUUAGAUAGUCUUGAUUAUCUUAUCAGUUUGAAGUCUCGCAUGGAUGAUCGUACGUUGAUGGACAUGCUGAUUCGGUUCAUUGACUCCAUUGGCCUUCGUGGAAUGGGUGCAGACGAAUUGAAUUACGAUGGAACUAUCAAGAAGGCAACAAAAGAGCACAAGAUUCCAAUCAGCAAGCUUCUUUUGAUCUUGCGUUUGCUUCACGGACCGCUUGUGGAGAACGAUGACGUGCGACAUGUUAUGCUCGCAAAGUCGAUUCAAUGGGCUAUAGAUACGUUUCUUGGACCAAUGGAUGUGGAAGCUACUAGAUUGGGCUGUAGUGUUCUUAACAAGGUGUGCACUAUUUUGUGGGAAAGGUCGUUACCUUUUGGUAAGGAUUUAGAUUUGUGUUUUACGUUAGCCAAGUUCUUACCAGCAAUGGCGAGAACCUUUAUUCGAUACAACAAGUUCACUAGAGGAAACGAUUAUUUCAAACCAAAGCGUAUCCUCACGCAAUUGUUCCCUACUACUUACCCCUUCAAUUCAUUCACAAUCGACCAAGCAGUCAAUGAUGAGCUGUUGGUUGAAGUUUUGGUAGAAUUAGCUGUUUGUUUUUCAUUUAUGGCAAAAAUUGGUAAGGCAGCAGCUGGAAACGAUGGAUUUGGACGUAUUUUAAACACGGAAAUUGAAGGUGACGUUUUUGAUCCAUCAAAAUAUUUAGCAGCGGACUUUCAUGGAGAAGAUCUUUUGACAGUUAUAUCUGGGAUCAGGUAUAUUAGGUUGGGAAAGUACUUCCCUGAAGACAAGUGGCUAUCAUUGUAUGCGACGAUUGUUGAUGGGUCAAUGUGUGCUUUGGAGUUGGUGAGACCUUUGAUUGUUUCGUAUCAACUUCCGCCUAUUGAGGAGUCGGAACAUUUUGAUAGAGUGCUUUGGGGUAACUACUUGAAGGCAUUGUUAAAAUUGGCGGUUCUUCCACCAGUAGCUGUUGAACAUUUGUCCAAUGUUCCUGGUAGAGCCUGCUCAGAGAUUACUCGCAAUGUGCGCGAUAGAGCUGCAUACUUGAUCAAUGAGGCUUGGGAUGCGUUGGCGUGGGAUUCUACAGAGUCGGACAUUAUAAGAUUCAACUUGAACAAGUUUGGAGGAUACCAGGUUGAGUUUAUCAAUGACGAGUUCAGCUUGAUCCCUGAAUUGGUGUUGUUUGGGCUUCAAAGAAAUGACGAAUGCCAAUCUGUUGCUGUGAAAAUGAUUUGGUCAAUUAUGGUUUCAGAGUACGUGUUGAGUGGAGAAUUGCGCGAGGUUGAGAAACAAUGUCUCAUUGGCCUCUUUGAAGUGUAUCAGAAAGCUUCAUACAAGCCAUCCAAAGAGGAUCAAGAUAAUUUUAUCAGGAGAAUGAAGGCAACCAUUAGGUUGGAUCGCGAAGAUGAAGCGUUUGGAACUUUCUACGAAUUUAUUCAAAAUAUUACCACCUUCUGCGCAACAUUGGUAUAUUACAUAAGUGUCCCUGUUGGUCACGAGUUUGAUGAAGACAGAAGAUUCCACAACAUCAAGUUGAGAGCACAGAUCAAAGCAGCGGGCAAACCCGAAUACUUCAAUUCGUUUAUUGGCACCAUGUACGAUGAUUAUAUUCGAAAAAACGAUUUCGUGCAAGCAGCAUUGAGCUUGGAGUUAUUAGCAGCAACAUAUACCUGGGAUCAUAAGGAAAUUGUUCCUGCCAGUUUCAGACCCAAGUUCCCCGAACAAACCUCAUUUGAGAGAAAGGAGUUGUUGUACAAGAUGAUGGCCACCAAUUUCAUCAAAGGAAAAAGUCUUGAGAAGGCUGCGGAUACUUUGAAUGAAUUGUUAGAUGCUUACAACGAGCACACUUAUGAUCUCAAGAGUUUUGCGCAUGUCCACAACAAAUUGGCUCAACUUUAUUUGGAUUUAGAGUCUUCAGAUAAGUUGGAGCCGUCUUAUUUCCGUGUGGAGGCGAUUGGAACUGGGUUCCCAUAUUAUAUGAGGGUGAUUUCGCAGAUCUAUCAGGGUUUGCCUUUUGAACACAUCACUUCUAUUCAUGAACGUUUGUUGAAGGUUUUCCCUGGUGCAAUCAUGAUCAAUGAUGAUGCAGAGGCGCAGAACUUGAAAGAGAAUAAUGUUACUGGAAGAUAUCUCUUGGUUAAGACGGUUGAACCAGUUUUUGAAUUUUCGGAUAAGCUUUUUGGCACAUCGUUUGGUGUCAGACAGUAUGCAAGGAAUAAAGACUUGAGGUUUUUCAAGAGUGUAACCAAGAUUCCUGGGUCCACAUCUGUAUUUGAUUUAUGGACAGAUCAAACGACUUAUGAAUCCUGGUUGAGCUUCCCAACGUUAAUGAAUAGAAGUUUCAUUAAGUCAUCCGAAACUGUUAGAUUAUCACCUUUGGACAAUGCUAUUCAGACAAUUACCAAAAAGAAUGACGAUUUGAUCUUGUUGGAGAAUUUGAUCAACACUGCAAUCAAAGACAAGAAUGAUUAUCUGUCACACUUCAGUGAUUUGUCCAGACAAUUGAGUGGAACUGUGGAUGCGCCUGUCAAUGGUGGUAUUGGACAGUACAGGUUGUUCUUUACUGAUCCAAGGUACCAGGACAAGGAAGAAAACUUGAUCAAAACUGAGUUGCUCCAUAAAGCAUUCAAGGAUAUGGCGAUUGUGUUGAGCCGUUGUUUGACAUUACAUGGCAAAUUGUGUCCUCCCGGUAUGAGCUCUUCUCAUGAGGCGUUGGUGGAGUUGUUUGAAAAGAAUUUCAAAGAAGAGAUUGAGAGUUUGAAAUUGGCUCCUAAUCAAAAUGAUGUUGCAUCAUCUAGGGUGUCGCUCUUCCACAGCAAGAGAGGCGACGUUUCCUCGUCUUUCAAUGACAGAGCAUCAUCCUUCCACAGUUCAAAUCAAUAUCAACCAUCGUCAGCGAGUGCAUCCAUAACCGGAGCUGGAUUGGAGAGGUCAAGCACGCAAAACUCUUCCCAUUCUGGUAGGUCUGGCAAUAAGUCGACCCACUCAUCUGGGUUUACGAGUGGUGUGGUCUCCACUGGCCAAAGCAGUGGAGGAGGAUACUCUCAAUUUUCAAGCCUAACUGGAAGAAAGACUGCUGUGUCUAAUACAACUAGUAAAAGAGAAGCUCCCAAAAAGGUCAAUGCUCUCAACGGGCGAUGGUUUAACGUCAAUUCAAGAGAAACACCACCCACCAACGAAACCACUAAUUUUUCCAAUAAUAUUGUCAAUAUGUUUAGAGUCACUGCUAGAUCAGCUGCACGCUCAUUGAGAUUACCAGCUCAAAAAGCUUCCUUCAUCACCCCAUUGAGAUUCUACGUUGCUCCACCAAUCACCAGGGAUGAAGUUAUCAACCGUGCUUUUGAGGCAUUGAAAACAGUUGCUACUUUACAAGGAUCAAACAUAUCCUUGGAGAGCUCAUUUCAAAAGGAUUUGGGAUUAGACUCGUUGGACACUGUUGAAGCUUUGGUCGCUUUGGAAGAGGAGUUUGAUUUGGAGAUUCCAGACAAAGUAGCCGACGAUAUUAAGACUGUUGGUGAAGCUGUAGACUACAUUUUGAAAGAGGAAGUCAAAGAGGAUGCUUAA